CAAGGACCAUGGCAGCUCCAUUAAGAUCACUUGCUGAAGAUUAUCCAAGAUAUCUCAAAUCAUUUGAAGUCUUUCUGGAUCACUCAUCAGAGCACAAAUGUAUGCUGGACUUCUUCCAUAAUAUUCUACCAGACAUACUGGGAAGCAUUGGUGGAGGACGGCCGGUUUUUAAUGUAAUGGGUGUAGGGAGUGGUACAGGUGAGAUUGAUCUAGAGAUGCUAGCACAGCUACACAUGAAACAUUCACAAGUCAAAGUCGACAAUGAAGUUGUGGAACCAAGCAUUGACAUGUUACACAAAUAUAAAGUUCUGGUGUCAAAAACACCAAAUCUUGAUUAUAUUAACUUCACUUGGAAUAAGAUGACAGCUUCAGAAUUUGAAAAACACUGGCAGGAGAAAAACCUUGGAAAAAAGAUGGACUUCAUUCACUUGAUACAGAUGCUGUAUUUUGUGAAAGAUCCAGAGGCCACUGUCUCAUUUUUCCGGAGUCUUUUAGAUAAAGAUGGAAAACUCUUAAUCAGUCUGGUGUCAGGUGAGAGCGGAUGGGGAAAAUUAUGGAGGACCUACAGAGCUGCUCUCGCUAAAAAUGAGAUCGACAAUGUAUCUGUCAAUAUUGGAGAUAUAAAGACCUUUCUGGAUACCAAGGACAUCCCAUACAGUAAUUAUGUGAUUCAGUCCCAUAUGGACAUCACAGAGUGUUUCACAGAGGGAGAUGAGGUCGGAGAACUGCUGUUGGAUUUCCUAACUCAAGUGGUAGAGUUCAGUAAGAACGCUCCUGAGGACCUGAAGAAAGGAGUGCUGGACUUACUGAGACAUCCAGACUGCAGUAAAGAGGUGGACGGCAGGAUUAUGUUCAACAGUAGAAUGGAAGUUGUAGUGGUUGAGCCGUAGCCCCUUUACUCCUUAAUAUCUGACCUGACCUCCAAAGGACUUUUGUGUUUAGCAUUCAAUUUCAUGCCAACGCAGAAUGUGUCCUAUAUUUUUACAUUUUGAAUUCCUGUGCCAAAAAUAUGGGGGUCUGGCUUAUCAUAACAUAUAAAACAUAAUAAACAGUAAUUGCAUAGCUUGGGCAUCAUAACGUA